GGGACUUUGAAGGGUUUCGACCAAACCAUCAAUGUGAUAAUCGACGAGUCGCACGAACGCGUCUAUUCCACCACUUCGGGCGUGGAGCAGGUCAUGUUAGGACUCCACAUAAUUCGGGGAGACAACGUGGCCAUCGUGGGACUCAUUGACGAUGAGCUCGACAAUAGACUUAAUCUGGCUAAUAUUAAGGCCGAGCCUUUGAAUUCUGUAGUUCACUAGAAUAAAUCAAGUGGUAUGGUUGAAGCGUCCUAAAUGUCAUUUCUACCUUUUUUCCUAUUUUUGUUAUUUUUGUUAAAACGCGGACGUCCGGCCGAUUUAAACGUCGGAACGACUUUAUUCACUAAAGCCGAUAGAGUGAAAGAGUGUUGGUCGUCCGAAAAUGUGGCCCUUUUGACCACACGGAUGAUCCUUGAGGAUCUGUUACCGUGCACUUCGAUCCUUGUGAUAGAUUCGGACGAGUUUGUCAAGGAUUUGGUCGAAUAUUUCCGCCUAGUUCUCGAAAUCGUGCGCAAGGAAACGCGCGGCAAAACCAAGCACAUUACGUUGCUAGCACUGACGGAUUUAUUGGGGGGUUAUUUACGACAUGCCGUUCUGCCAAUUGCCAAGUACGCAUUUUACGCCGGUUUUAUCGAUUAUAACAGUAUUUCCAUACUUUUGGGGCUUUUUGAUGAACUUAAAUUGUUUUUGCGAAGCAAUGGGCAAGGAUGGGCGCAGCCUUUGCCCCAAAACCUUGAUAAUUUACAAAUCCGGCCCAUUCCGUUACAAGACCCAAUUGCGAAAGAACAAUGCGACAAUUUAAUAUUUGUGGAAAAAACGGAACAAUCUGGACACUGUGACGCAACCCUCCCUUUGCCCUUUUUCGAUUCAAACACCAAACCUAGCGCAAUAGCCCUUCCUACGAAAACGUGUCCUUUGCACAACAUCGAGGCCAACACAUCGAGUUACCUCGUCAUGAAUUUUUUCGUAACUUCGUACAAAUGUCUACAAUUAAAAAACACCAAAUCGGAAAACAUCGACAAGUUUCGGUGCGAUUUCGUCCGAUGGAUUGAUGAUCAAGUCGUGCCACGACUGGCCGAUGAAAAGUUUUAUGCAGCUUUUGGGGGAAUCCUUCGUGUGCGGAGCACGAUAAUAAAGCUAGGUGUUAGUGGAGGCGGUGCCGAGCAACACAUCGAUGAUUUUCGGCAAAAUACGCAAACUGCUCAAAGUCAAACGCUAUUGGCUAAGUUUCAUAUGACCAAAGCUAGUAUGAUUAUUUUCGCGAUUUUGGUCAUGCUAAUGAUUUGGGUUAUUUUUGGAACUAUGUGUGUUUAUUACAGAAUGAAAACGGUGUUGAAACCGUGCUCCCCCGAAGGGGGGCGCAGUACAACAACAUGCACGUCUUUAGUAUCAAGCAAAUACUCAUAUCAGGACAAAACCAAAUCAUCAGAAUCGAGUCAAGGUUGUUUUUGUAUUGACGAUGAGGAUUACACCUCAAGUCCACCGGCUGAGGUCAAGAGCCGAAAAAAAAUAGAAGAAGAAGAAGAUUAUACAACCACAGGUAGUGGUCCAGCAAAUGAUUCAUCCCGUACAGAAAGUAGGCUGCCGUCAAUUACCGAAAUGUCCGAAAAAACAACAUCUGGUAAAAGAACACCUUCGAAAAAGAGUUCUCCCAAAUCUAGAGGAACUUCGAAAAAGACAACACCGCGCUCGAAGAAAGAUGGGUAAU